UCUCGGCUCUAUCCUGGCCUCUCUCCCUCUCUCCGUCGCCGGGUGCUGAAGUUGGGCGGAUGGCAAGGAGCCCGCUCCGCUAGAGGACCGAGCAGCCCAGUCUCGAGCACCCUCGGACCCGGACCCCGGAGCGCUCGCCUACAUCUAAGUCCACCCGGUUUAUUAUAUACACUACGUAAUUCUCAUCAAGAUAUGGGGUUCUUCUCCAAAAAAUUAUUGCUAAGAUGCCAGUUGGGUUCUGAAGCAGCUGACAUGAGAAAACGGCAGCAGUCACAAAAUGAAGGAACACAGGCUGUGUCUCAAGCGCCUGGAAACCAAAGACCCAACAACACCUGCUGCUUCUGCUGGUGCUGCUGCUGCAGCUGCUCCUGCCUCACCGUCAGGAAUGAGGAAAGAGGAGACUCUUCGGGGAGAUCCCCACAUACCACCAAAAUGGAGAGCAUCCAGGUCCUAGAGGAAUGCCAAAACCCCAGUGCAGAUGAAGUCUUGUCCUGGUCUCAGAAUUUUGACAAGAUGAUGAAGACUCCUGCAGGAAGAAACCUUUUCCGGGAGUUCCUCCGAACGGAAUACAGCGAAGAGAACCUACUCUUCUGGCUAGCCUGUGAAGACUUAAAGAAAGAACAGAACAAAAAGGCUGUUGAAGAAAAGGCCAGGAUGAUAUACGAGGAUUACAUUUCUAUACUGUCGCCAAAAGAGGUCAGCCUGGAUUCUCGAGUUAGAGAGGUGAUCAACAGGAAUCUGCUGGACCCCAGCCCACAUAUGUACGAAGAUGCCCAGCUUCAGAUCUACACCCUAAUGCACAGAGAUUCUUUCCCAAGAUUCUUGAACUCGCAGAUCUAUAAAGCUUUUGUGGAAAGUACCGGCAGCUGUACUUCUGAAUCCUAAUUUUCAUUUGACAGGCCAAAAAAAAAAAAAAAAAAAUCAUUUCAGAGGGCUGGGAUGGGAAAUAAAAGUAAUUAAAUAACAUCAGAAAUUUAAUUCCUGAAAAACUACAGGUUGGCUGCUGGGGAAAGACAAUGAGGAAGGUCUCUUGCCUCCAUUUUUAUCAAGGUUAUCCAUGAUUCUGUUUGGGGCAACAAAAAAAAAAAAAAAAAACAGCCUAUAGGAGACAAUGAAUUGCCAAAUUACAUUUGUUUGAUUCAACACUUGCUCUACUUGCAAGAAAAUUGUGUUCCUAGUCCUCUGAAUAAUCCCCUAGUGCAUCUCUAGAGGCCGCAUGUGCAAAGUACAACUGCUUCGUCUGCCCUUUACUUGUGCUAUUAAAUCAGUAGCAUACCUUGUAUCUGUAUUUAAGGACUUUUGUGCAAUAUGGUCUCUUAGAAACAAUUGCCAACAAAUUGGCUGUGGUUUGCAUUUUUUUUAAAGCAUAAUCCGAUACACACCAAGGCUAUUUUAAACAUGUAACAGUGAUAUUUAACCAUGCUACAGACUGUGUUUAGUAUACGGACUCUGAAGCCAAUUUUUCUGUACAUGUUAAAAAAAAAAAAAAAGUAGCUGUUGAAGGAUCUUGCUGUGUGAGCCCUCUGGUUGUUCACUGCCCAAAUUCUGGCAUUUUUGUUACAGAAGAGUUUGCAAUAUUAGAAAGAAAGAAAGAAAGAAAGAAAAAGAAAGAAAGAAAGAAAGAAA